AUGGAGCAUGUUGUCCACCUAAAGCUCACUCUUGAGAUGUUAAGACAGCACUCGUUGUUUGCAAAACAAUUUAAGUGCCACUUUGGUUGUAAGGAAAUAGCCUACCUAGGCCAUUUAAUCUCAACUAAAGGUGUGAAGGCGGACCCAGAGAAACUCAAAGCUAUGAUGGAAUGGCCUUUACCAAAGUCCCUAAAGGGAUUGAGAGGAUUUUUGGGAUUAAUGGGGUACUACUGGAGAUUCAUUGGAGGAUAUGGAGCAAUUGCAGCCCCUCUAACAAAAAUGCUAAAGAAGGAUGGUUUUUAUUGGAGCGAGGAAGCUAAUGUGGCAUUCGACAAGUUGAAGGAAGCGAUGACCCAACCCCCAGUUUUGGCACUACCCGAUUUCACCAUGCCCUUCAUGGUUGAGUGUGAUGCAUCUGGCACCGCCGUGGGGGCUAUUUUGAUGCAAUAG